AUGUAAUAAACAUAAGCAAAUUUAUAAGCUACAGGUCCUUUAACUUAAAAACCUUAUAAAUAAUUGCCAAAAGAUAAUGAAAAACUCACUUUACUUGAAAAGUAGAUGGGAGAUUUAGCAAAUGAUUUUGAAGACAUGAAAAGAAAUAGAGAAGAAGCAAAAAAAUAACUGGAAGCUAAAUUUCUUGAUGUACAUAGGUUAUUCUAAUCUCUAUUCUUAGAAAAAUUCAAAAUACUAGAGAAUUCAUUACUUAAGAAGGAGAAAGAAUAAAUAAUACUUUAAUUGCUUAUGAUUCAAAAUUUACUUAAGUGUUGAAUUAAACAAAUUAAAAAUUGUAAAAUUAACAUGAAACAUUUGCACAUUAAACAGAUUAAAGAAUUGUUGAUGCUAAUAUUUAUCUAAGAGAUUUAACUUAAAAAUUAGAAGAAGAAAAAUAAGAAAGAAUGAGAUAAUCUGAUGAAAAUCUUAGAGAAAUAAGAAAAUAAUUAACAAGUAUAUUUAAUUACCAAUCUUAGCUUUAUUUGAACAUUAUGAAACAGAAAAAAAUACAAGAGUUGAAAGAGAAAAGGAAAUAUUAAGAAAAUUAGAUGAUGAAGCCUAUUAAUUAAAUGAAAAAUUGAGUAAUGAAAAAUCAGAAAGAAUUCUUUAAAGUAAAGAAUUAAGAGAUCAUACUGAUUAAGAAAUUUAAAGAUAAAGAAAGAAUAAUUAAGAUUUCCAUGUUAAAACAAUUGAUGAAUUCAAUCAUGUGGCUUACAAUUUGAAAGAAGAAAUGAAUUAAAGAUUUAAUCAAUAAAACUAAAUUAUAGAUAAUUUAAGUAGUGUCAUUAAAACAAUUUAAGACACAUUAAAAAUUAUUGGUAAAGGUGUUAAUGAUUGA